GUUUUUGCAGGAUAGCCGUCGGAGCCCCGUGGUUCGUCAGGAAUGUCGACCUCCAUGACGACCUGGACUUAGAGUCCAUCAGUAAGUAUCUGCAGUCGGCGUCCAUGCGCCACUUCGAUAAAGCGGCACGACACGAGAACCCUCUCAUCGUGGCCGCCGGUAACUACAUUCCCGAUCCUGCGGACAGAAUGGAAAGUAGCCGACGUCGCCCAAAACACGUCAUCUCGGAUCCUCCCGAUCCACUAACGGUGCUUUUAGGUACUUCAAGCACCGGUCACCGUUCUCGUCGAACCCGUCGCUUGCGACGAAGGGCUCGACGAGUAAAUUAACUCUCAGACACAGCCCACUGAGUUUCUCGCCGGAUCUUCUCAGUGGGUCGCGUUUCCGAUCCGGUGGUAGAUUCUGCGAAGCACGGCUCUUGCUAGGGUUCGUGUUAGCAACAUCGUCAGGUUUGAGCCCCGUGAGCUCACCUACAAACGUUAGGGUUACGCUGAAGUAGCCGCUAGGGCUAUCAGCUUAGGUAGGAAAAAAAAAAAAAAGGGUGAUUAGGGAUUGAGAGGUGAAAAAACCAGGAAAAUCUUUCGACGCAUACAAAUAUUAGUUUUAUAAUCGUUGCAAAAUCUUCCAUUUUUUGUAGUGUAAUAGUAGAAUGUUGAAAGUUCACAAAACAACUCUGAAUAUGCAUGAUAAUAGCUGCUAUGCUAUAAAGAAUCGCAUUUCAAAUUAACUUCUUGUGGUAGUAAUUAUUUUAGUGCUAGAAACUUUGCUUUUAUUUAUUUAUUUUGUCUAGUUAGUGUUUGUUCAGGUUUAAAUGUGUAAUGGUGGUUUAUUAACUGUUUAAUAUCAGUGAAAGUGCAAAAAAGUGGGAAAAUGAAACAAAGCCGCUGGACGUAACUUCUCGGGAUCCUCCAAAAGUCCACUGAAAAAAUUUCAUUAUAUGACCACCAUUUUACCGAGAUUAUAUUUCAUCCCAUAUCAUCUCAUCUCAUUUCAUUUAAUUUCAUCCCAGUUGAUUAAUGUCUCAAAUUAAUCAUCUUCAUUUCACUUUACUCCUUAAAAUAGCAUGUUUUGUAUAAAUAAGAAUAUAAAUUAAAAUAGGAUAUGUCCGUAAGGUCUUAGAAAACAGGGCAGAAAAUCCCUUAAAAAAAACUAUGCUAAUCUGUGUUAACUGAUAAAUGCAUAGAUUAUACACAUAAUAUUUGAGAGAUAGGUAAAUGUUUAGGUUUCAAAAUUCAAAGCAUUGCACUAAUGCCUACGAUCUUAAAGUAUCUUUAGAUUAAUUUUGUUGAUACACUAAAAACUAAAAACAUAAAUUAAAUUGACCCUAUUGUAAAUAUUGUAACCGCACAAGUAAUGAAAAUCCAAUCGGUACCGGCAAAAAAUGGAAGACCUUGAAUCGUCUUUAAAUCAAUACAAAGAACAAAUUAAAAUUGUGCAGCAAUCCCUAGAAGCCACACAUGACCUCAAAGAGAAAGAGUCUCUUUUAACACUACAAUCUGAUUUAAAUCAACUAAUUGAAUUAACUCGAGAGAGCUUAGCAACAGCGACCAGCAAACAUUUAAAAUCCGAUCUACAGAACAAUGAGCAGAAUAAUUUGGAUGAGGAAUAUGCUAGGUUCAUGGCAGAAAUGAAUGACUCAAAUGCAUACAAUGAUGAUAGCAAAAACAAAAAUGAUUCAGAAGAAAAUAAUGGCAACAGUGACAUAGAGGAUGACCUCUCUAGUUUAUUGGGUAUGAGGUGUGCUGUUUAUCAUACACACAAAUGGGGUGGCCAGCCUAGUCUACACAAUGCUAUGGUCAGCUCGAUACUGCCUAGGGCAGAUGAUGACCAAUUCAAUGAUCUUAAGGUUCAAAUAUUAUUUACUCAUCCAACCCAUGCAGAAAUGUUGCCUUGUCCAUUUUACCUAGAUGGAGAUUGUAAGUUUAGUGAUGAACAAUGCAGAUAUUCGCAUGGUAAUGUUGUACAACUGUCUGACCUAAAAGAAGCAAUAGAACCGAAUUUCAGUUCACUUAAAUCCGGUAGCAGUAUUUUGUUGAAAUUGAAACCGCCAGAUGAUGAGAAUGUAAGCAUAACAAAAAAGUCUACAGAAAAAUAUCAUCUAUGGCAUAGGGGAAUAGUGAAAUCUAUAGACAAUGAAAACCAAUUGUGCACAGUUAAAUUGGAGCACGGCGUUAAAACCGGCGAAAAAAGGAAGAUGGGAUCAGAUGAAAUUAAUGUGCGCAUCGAAGAUAUUUUCCCUCUUACCACCGUAUGCGAAGAUGAUUCGGAUUCCAGUGAAGAUCUGAGCGACUCUGAAUAUUCCCAUCAGAAAACAACACGAACGGAAAUCGACAGACACGCGCUUAUCGUCGAAAAGAGCUUACAGAAUAAUGCACCAGCUAUGGGAGAGUGGGAGCGACAUACUAGAGGUAUAGGCUCGAAGAUUAUGUUCGCCAUGGGCUAUGUUGCGGGCUCCGGUUUGGGCGCCGCGGGCGAGGGGCGGACGCAGCCGGUUGAAGCGCGGGUGUUGCCCGUCGGGAAGAGCUUAGACCAUUGCAUGGCGAUCAGUGAGAAACACGCCGGUCAGGAUCCAUUGAAGGUGCAGCAAAAAUUGAAAAGGUUACAAAAGAAAGAAGAAGAAAGAAACAAAAGAGCUUACGAACGCGAGAAAGAGAAAGAGAGAAGAAAUGUUUUCAAUUUUAUCAAUAGGACUUUGGGGGAUAAAGAGCAGACUGAAACCAACAAUUGUGAUCCGACCGAAGUUGACGUUAAACAGUCCACUAGUAAAGAUUUGAAUAUAGAAAAAUUUAAAAUAGAUGAAGAUGUAAAUAGAAUCGAACGUGAAAUAAUAAAGUUGAACAACUCAUUAGUUAAAUAUCCUCAGGGAACAAGUGGUCACACGAAUAUUAAUCUACAGAUCAGAGAGAAAACUAAAGAACUACAAGCUUUAAAACAACGUGAGCGAGAUAUCAUUAAAGAACAAAGACAUAGAAAAGAGAAGGAAAAGAUGACAAUAUUUUAAGUAAUUAAAUUGAUAAUUACAAAUUGUUGUUAACCUAAAUGUGUUUUAAUUAUUUUAUUACACGGUUGCAUUACGUAUAUUAAAUAUUUUAUUUUUAAUUAACGUAAUAGUAUAUUUAUUAUUCAAAAUAAAUGUAAUGAUAUUAC